CUAUGCAAGUCUCUGUGCCAACAAAAACACAUGAGCUGCUUCAUCGAAUGAGUGGGAAAGGAUUAGCAGCUCAUUAUCACUUCUCAAGACAGCCAGGCGUUUUUGGUGAUCGUAUGGUACCUGUGCAAGUGACAGUAACAAACACAACUGAUCAGAAGAUAGAGAAUAUUCACAUUGGGGAGAAGAAAUUACCUCCAGGCAUGAGGAUGCAUGAGUUUAAUGCAAUAGAGUGCCUUGAGGCUGGAGGAUCCAUUACUGCUACUAUGGGUAUUGACUUCUGUGAUUCUACCCAGACAGCCAGUUUCCAGUUAUGCACAAAGGAUGAUCAUUUCAAUGUUAACAUUCAACCCCCUGUUGGAGAACUGCUCUUGCCUGUCACUAUGUCAGAGAAAGAUUUUAAGAAGGAACAAGGAAUGCUGACAGGAAUGAAUGAGACAUCUGCUACAAUAGCUGUUGCUCCACAGAACUCUACUAGACUUGUAAUAAUUGAGAGAGUAGUGAAAGCAGCAAACCUGGGUGUAGUCCCUUCUGGUCAAGAUAACAUACACAGGUUUGCAGCUAAGACUGUGCACAGUGGGUCACUGAUGCUAGUCACAGUGGAGCUGAAGGAGAGCUCUACAGCACAGCUCAUCAUAAACACUGAGAAAACUGUGAUUGGUUCUGUUCUGCUGCGGGAGCUGAAGCCUGUCCUGUCCCAGGGGUAACCUGCUUACAUCUGGACUUCAGAAUCUGGCACACAACAAAAGUGCCUGGCAUCCACUACUGCUGCCUUUCAUUUAUAAUAAUAGCCCUUCCAUCUGGCAGUGGGGAAAGAAUACACUCUUGACAUUCUUGUCUUCUGCUUUAGAAUGCUAGUGCGUAUCUAUCAUGUAUGCAAGUCCUUUCCUUUUUUUCUGCUUGCUAACCAAAGAACAUAUAUUUUACUGUCAGUUAUCUGCGCUUUUAAAUGUAUUUCCCAUUUGUUCUACCCUAGUCCUUCCCUCUGUCUUCCCUUCCCCCACUACCUUCCUUCCCCAUCAGUUUCCACUCCCCCCCAUAGUGGACAAAUACUAGGUAAUAAAGUUCAAGGGAAAUCACACUGCUUGAAAACUGAGUUCAAAUGGCAGGUGGGUUCCAGCAACAUACGCAAGUAUGUGGUUCAGAGAGAAUUUUGGUGUAAGUGUGAAAACACAAUAAGUACAGCAAAAUGGUGUUUGUUUUUUAGAAAUGCUUGUAAACCUGAACUCAUCUAUGGAGAGCAUUGUCCCUAUCUACUGUCAUUUUCUCAAAUAUUUUGUUAAGAUGCUAAUAAAGUAGUGCCUAUGAACAGA